AUGGACUCCCCGGAGCAGCGCUGUAUCGUCUUGUAUGAAGAUCCACUGGUGCACUACGAUCCCUGCUUGCUCGAUGAUCCACUCAUGCCAAAACUAACCAAUCGCCGCGUCUUCUCCUUCCUUGGUUAUGUGUUGCCCACAUGGCGAGGUGGACAUGGAGAGGUCAUUGGACUGGAGGUGAGGAAGGGGAACUGUGAGUAA